AUGGCCUCUCGGCGGAUCACACGGGAGACGUUUGGUGCUGUGGUGCAGGACAAAGUUAAAAGGUACCGCAUGGACCGGGGUGACGCGGUCGAGGACACGAUCCAUCAUUUCAAAGCUCAUUCAAGGCCAGUCCCAAGACCGAGAUACGAAGAGAGUUUUCACGACGAUGGACGAUUUGCUCCUGACAACACCCAGCACCAUCCACACGAUGACUGGAGUGAAGACCUCAGAGACGACUACCCGGGACCUUCUUACAGAUCUGCUAGUCCUCUCAUAAGGAAAGAUAACUACUACCACGAACAGUACGGCCGUCCAGCAGCUCGUGACGCAGAAUUUGGCCGCCCGGCUUCCCACAACCGGGAGUAUGGGCGGCCAGCUUCCCACAACCGGGAGUAUGGGCGGCCAACUUCGCACGACCGGGAGUACGGGCGCCCGGCAGCUCAAGACCGGGAGUACGGGCGCCCAGCAGAGUAUGGGGGCCUGGCUUCUCAUGACCAGGACUACGGCCCUCCUGACUCCUGGGAAUCCACUGGACCACACGAAGGUGACUUCAGUUCUUCAGAGAUUUUAGGCGAUUUCAGGUCGCCGGGCCUCAUGGAAGAUGAAUACGGCAACGUGGAAAAUCAGGAGUACGACGUGGACUUUGGAAUUCAGUCGGACAGCGAGUUCCGGCCCCCGAUACGGAGGGGCAGCCUUGGCAGGGGAAGGGCUCUGCGAGGGAAGCGUAUCGCGAGGGGAGCUCUGAAAACUAAAGUGUUCAAAGCAGAUAUCAAAACUCCCCUAAAGAAGUGGAACACUAAAAAACUUCCGCCAGGCCCUGACCAGAAGCCGGCUGUGCCACCCGAUCAAAUGCCAGAAACUGCUGAACAGCCCAACCAGAGGCCGGUGGCCGUCCAGCGCCCUAAUCAAAAGUUACCUCCGCGACCUAACCAGAGGCCGACUAUAAUGACCCAGAGACCUAUUCUCAGGCUCCCGAAGCCCGCACACGUUUUCCGAAAUCUCAGUUUCGACCUUGUGGACAAAUCGGAUAUUUUUUCGACGUUUGGAAUAGAAAUUAUAAAGUGGGCUGGGUUUCACGCCAUCAAAAACGACGUGGAAUUUUCCCGGCUCUUCGGUGCUCUCUUUGAGCUAGAGACAGAAACCUGUGCAAAAAUGCUCGCUUCCUUCAAAUGCUCCUUAAAGCCAGAACACAGAGAUUAUUGUUUCUUUACUAUCAAGAGUUUACAACAUGCCGCUCUGAAAACUCCUAAAGUGGACAAUGAGUUUUUAAAUAUGCUCUUGGACAAGGGCGCUGUGAAAACAAAGAACUGCUUCUUUGAAAUAAUAAAACCUUUUGAUAAGUACAUAAUGAGGCUACAAGACCGCCUCCUCAAAGGUGUGACGCCGCUGCUUAUGGCCUGCAACGCUUACGAGUUGAGCAUUAAGACGAGCGGGUUUGGCAAUCCGAGAGAAAUGGCAAGCGCUUUCGAGACCACCGUUUCUCUUUGUCGUAAGUCUUUAGCCCUUCUGGGUCAGACCUUCGCACUAGCGUCUGUUUUUAGGCAAGAGAAAAUACUUGAAGCCGUAGGGCUCCAGGAAAUGGCUCCAGCACCGACACUAUUCCCAAACUUUGAUGAUUCAACCUUGUUUGGAAGAGAGUACAUUGAAAACCUGAAGGCCUGGUUGGAGAAGAGUGGAUAUCCAAUUCAGAUGAAAAAAACAGAACUAGAGUCCACAGCCCAGCUUAAAAAACCUGCUCCUGACACAACAGUUACAAGUAAGUGACCUGUUUCCUUAACUUAUUCUACCCCACAGCGAGCGGAUCGGAAAGUUGUAGAGACAAUUGAACAGCUCGUGAAUAGCAUUGUUUCGGGAACCUUGUCUGCCAAAGAGAGAAGUGCUCAAAAGAACUGUCCUGAAUAUUGGUUCUUGUCUGAUGAAGAUAGUCUGGAAUACAAGUAUUACAGGCUGAAGUUAUCGGAGAUGCAAAGGCGGACGUCGUCUGGAAAGGAAGCAGGUGGCAAGGGCACAACACUAGAAGAAUCUGCGACAGAAUCGGUGAGGGCCAUGCUGUAUGCCAGGAAAGUCGCAAGUAUUAAGAGGAGGCUGUUUAAAAGGAAAAGGCUUGGAAUUGUCACCCAACGUGCUGUUCGAGGAAGGAAAGUGAGGAGAGCAACCAUAGGGACCCAAACCGUGCUUUCAGCUGGGACGGUGCUGAAGCACCAAGACAAGCAUCUUCAAGCUUCGGUCCAGUCAAAGUCUUCCGGAUCAGAAACCAGCCCGGCGGAGAAGGAUUCUUCCCUUGACGCAACCUCAUCCUCACAUGGUGCCACCAGUUCGGAGCUCUCCCUGCCAGCGGAAGAAAAGGCGGAUUCUGAGGAUUUAUUGGCACCACCUGAACUUUUCCCACCGUUGUCCUCUCAGUUCCCUGAUGUGGAUGCUAAAACAAUGGAAACUGCGGAGAAGCUUGCCAAGUUUGUUGCUCAGGUAGGACCAGAAAUUGAGCAGUUCAGCAUAGACAACAGUGCGGAUAACCCAGACCUUUGGUUUCUACAGGAUCGAAACAGUUCCGCUUUCAAAUUUUACCGAAUGAAAGUCUACGAGUGGUGUCCAUCUAUUAACUUCAGUGCUGUGUCGGAAGCAACUGAUGCAGGGGAAGGUGCUAAACCUGAAGGGAGUAAUUUGGAUAUUUCGGAAGAGGAGGAGGACGAAGAAGAAGAAGAGGAAGAAGAUAAUGAGGAGGAAGCUGAGUUUGAGGAGGAGGCAUCAACUCCCGCUCCUGGUACCCUAUUUCCUCGCAAACGAAUCAGCAGCAAGUCUCUGAAAGUUGGUAUGAUUCCUGCAUCUAAAAGGAUCUGCCUCAUAGAAGAACCAAAAGUGCAUGAACCUGUCAGAAUUGCUUAUGACAGGCCUCGUGGUUGCCCAGUUACAAAGAAAAAGAAGAAACCAAAAGAUUUAGAAUUUUCACACAAGAAACUGACAAACAGGAACGUGGGUUUCCAGAUGCUUCAGAAGAUGGGCUGGCAAGAAGGACAUGGCCUUGGCACACGAGGAAAAGGAAUCAGAGAGCCUGUAAAAGUGGGUGCUACCUCUGCAGGGGAGGGCUUGGGUGUUGCAGGGGAAGAAAAUAAAGAAGAUGCAUUUGAUGUUUUCCGUCAAAGAAUGAUACAAAUGUACAGGCAGAAAAGAGCAAGUAAAUAG